GAGUUUACUAACAGAAAUUUUUCUUCGGCUGGGUUUUUGCUUUUUGCUGGCAUGGUAGUAGGGUAUACGUUGAUGCUGCAGAUGCCAUCAGCUGGAGCAGCCAUUUCGUGUGCCUCCGGGGAAAUUCAAGUACAGACUAAAUCAGUUGAUCGUCCUACAGUUUACUGCUAUGGUUGUCAAGACCAGUGCAUAACCCAAUGUAAGUCGCAAGGAAGAGAAGUAUCUCAGGUUGAAUGCAACUUUUGGGGUACGGAUCAGGCCAUAUGCAAGUGCUGUUGUGCGUUACCAUCCUCAACUCCACCACCCAGCAAACCCAUCUAUUGGAAUCAAUGUCCACUUGGAGAAAAGAAAAGGUUUAAUCUGCUACGUAAUUCAUUGAUUGAUUGCAAACUUUGUGUUAACAAUUGUAAAACUAAAUGUGAUCGCGUAGGAGGUACGGUGACCAGGCAAGUCUGCUUCCAGGAUUUCCAAUUUGGCACAACAGUUCUUAUUGAUCUACUUGUGUGCCCUUGUUGCUGCAAAAUAAAUCAUUCACUUCCACCGUCACCCCCUCCACAAUCACCACCUCCACCACCACCAUGCCCUUGUAGUGGAAGUGGUGUAUGAAUAUUCAUACAUCAUCAGUACCGGAACAGCAGCGACGGAAUCAGGAAUUAUGUAUGGAUGCGCUAAAAGAAAAUCCAGAAAUACUCAAGCGUAAUAAAUAGACCACAAAGGUUGUAAUACUGACUG